AAUAUGAAAAUAAAAUAAAAGUCAAAUCUUGGCAACAAUACAAACGAAUAUGACAGUUAGGAUUGUUACACGAAAAACGAAGUUAAUAGUUAAGAGUUUUCUAAAUUGGUAAUUUUUGCAAAGAUGAGUUGGUUUGAUACAAAGGGAUUGGCCAGUCUGGCGAAAACUGCUCUGAAAGAAGCUCAGAAAAAAAUUGAUAAAGUUUUGGAUAUACAAGAGGACGAAUUGGAAGGAAUCGAUCGUUCCAUAAGCACCUUACAAACCGAUUAUAUAUCACAAGAUAGUCAAAGUCGUCGAUUGGUAUCCGAUCAAAUGACCCUCGCAGCUUCGAACUUGGAAAGUAGCGCGAUCACUGAAAAAGAGUCUAGUGGAAUGUCAGCCCUCUCAAACUCCUGCUUUUCACCGGAAUUGUUUUUAGUUGACAACAGGCCACAUGAAAUGAUAACAACGCCACCGAAAGCUGGUGAAAUAGUUAAGGAGAUCGCCGCACUGACACCUCCCUUAUCUUUAAACAGUAAGUCUACUAAGGAAGACGUUAACAAAGGUCGUUAUCCUGGGGAAGUCCUGUCCUUUCCGGAGAUAUUACUUUAUUCUGAAGAUACAGCGGCAACCCCAGAAUCUGUGGAAAUGAUAUCACCUGACUGUGAUGGCGCUAUCGUGCCUUCAUCAGUGGGGGAAAGCAUAGUUGUCAUUAGCACUUCCAGUGAUGGUUACGUGGAUAUUGAAAAUGAAUCCAUAAACCAGCUAAAUGAACUUAUACCCUCUAAUGAAUCUAAAUAUAAAGUGCUGAUAAAUGCAAUAAAUGAAACUGAAGAUUUAACACUGCGAGGUGCUAAUAAGAAUCAGCCUAUUUCCCCACAGAAAAAUCCCUUCGAAUUACAAACAAUUGACUCGGAUUCAACACAAAGUUUUGAAGAUGUGCAACCGCAAUUCGCAGACAGCAGUGAGGCUCGAACAAAUCAAAGUAAAGAACCAAGCAGUCGAAGCGAUACUUCCCCUAACAAUUCUAAUGAUGAAGGGGAAACGGCCACUUCGUCUGAUAUUGAGAUAAUAUCUAGCCCUAAUGGGGAUGCUUCCAGUACAAACAGUAAUAUGACACGUCAAAGUUCGACAAAACUAAAGAAAUCGGAAUCAGUUAACUUGCGAUCGUCAGUACCAGCAGUUUCCGCACGCAGCAAUGUAAAUCGAAAGGGUCAUUGCCGUGAAUCUUCAGAAAUAUCAAUAUUAUCAAUUGAUUCUCAAUCCGAAGAUGAGUUAGAAAAACUAAUAAAUCGUAUUUCAGAGCUUAACAGCAUUGUUGAAGCUAGGGAGCUUCGUCUUUUAGAAUCUGAACGACAAAACUCAAUGCUUCGAGAACGCAAUGUUGAACUCCAAAGUUUAGUGGACGUCAAUAGUCUGCAAACAUCUGAAGAUUAUACGAAACGUAUGUCAUCGCUAGAAAAGAAAUUCCAAGCUGGCAUACGGGAACGUGAAACAUUGCAUUCCCAAAUCAAAGAACUCCAAACCAAAAUUCCUAAAAAUGAUUUAAUACAAGCUCUCAGCGAAAGCCAAAUCAUGACUACUGAGUUGAAACAAGAAGGCGAGAAGUUAUCCAAGGAAAUCCUUCAACAAUCGAAUAUUAUUAAAAAAUUGCGUAGUAAAGAAAAAGCGACAAAUAUACAACUUAAAACAUUUAGUGAUCAAUUGACUAUAGCUAAUGACGAGGUUGAACGCUUAAAAAGGACUCUAGCCGCGAAAGAAGAUGUGGAGCGAACUCAAAUUGAGGCGGUGCAUAAAAUGGUGUCUGAAAACCAGAAACUUGAAAAAGAAAAUGCUCAUUUGAACAGUAAAUUAGAUGACGUAACGCAAAAACUCAAUACCCUACAAAAAAGUUUCGAUGCAGUCAAAGCUGAAUUGCAACAAAGAUCCAAACAACAUACUGAUUUUACAAAAACGGCGGAAGCUGUGCAAAUGGCUGAGCGAGAAAAACAAGUUAUCCAAAUGGCAAAUCAGGAGCUACAACAGCAACUGCAAGAACUGAGAGAAAAGUUACGACUUUCCGAGCAAGCAGCAAUUAAACGAGAGCAACAUUUGCGUGAAGAAAAUCGCCAUCUCAUGACACGGUUGGAGGCAGCUGAAUUGAGAGCGGAAUCAUCUACACAAGAAAUCAGUCAGACAACAAUUCCCUUAAUGCGUCAUUUGGAAUCUUUGCAGUACACGUUAAAUCAACGCACCAACAACUGGAAUAAAGAAGAAAAGUCCCUUUUGGCAAAAGUAGAGAACUCCCAGUCACGAUUAAAGGCUCUGGAAAAUAUAGAAAAGAUAUCAAAUGAAAAAGCUGAUCUACUAAAAUCUCGUUGUCAAGACUUGGAAGAGCAAUUGACGCACGCCAUUAUGCAAGAGGAAAAAACAAAAAUUGCAUUGCAAUUCGAACUAAAACAAGCCGAAAGUAAAUAUAACAAGGAAAUUGCGGAAAUUAACGAAGAACUCGAGUUAAGUCAGGGUAAGAUUAAAAGUCUUGAAGAAAAUCAAACAAAUUUACAGCAAAAAUUGAAAGAAAUGGAAAGUAAAUUAAAUAACGCCCAAGAAUAUUUGGAACGUGAAGAAUCAAGCACUGCGCUAAGUGAAUACGCGCGGCAGCAUUUGAAUGACGUUGCUCCAAGGCCACAAUCACCGGCAAUAAGUGCGGGAAUUAAUUCACUUGAAGAUGCUAUGCUUAACAGCGUAGAUUGGCACCAGGACGAUUUGGAGUGCAUAUCAAAUCCUGGAAGGCCGUCAACAAUGCCUGGUUUGGGGUUAGCUUUGCUAAAUCAUAAUGCCAGUACUUGGGAGCAUUUACAAUCCUUACUAAAGCAAAGAGAUGGGGAGUUGGCUCAGUUGCAGUGGCAACUUUCACGUCUGCAGGCCGAGCGGAGCUUAUUGCAGGUGGAAAUCUCCCAGUUAACCCUGGAAUUAGAAAAUAUAAAAGAAAAAAUUCACAGUUACCAGAUCUUAGAAAGCAAUUUCAUUGAGCUGCAAACAAGCUACGAUGCCUUAUUGCAAAUGUACGGCGAAAAAGUUGAACGUACAGAAGAGUUGGAGCUUGAUUUAAAAGAAUGCAAAGAGGCCUACAAAAUACAAAUUCAAGAACUUUUGGCCAAACUAAAAACUUGAUGCAAUUCGUCUAUUUGUUAUGCACCUGCUUGUUUACUAUUCCUGUAAAUUUUUUUAUGUUUGUCUCACCGUUCAACGUUUUCCUUUCUCU